AUGGUGGGAGAGCAACACCUUCCGUUCGUCCUCUACGCGGUAUGCACUGCUGUGCUUCUUGCUCAAGGAAGUCAAGGUACCAUGAAGUAUUUGCUUAUUGAAAUGUUUUAAGAACAUGCUUUUGAAUGCUGAUAUUUGAUGGUCAUUUUCUACGGUAAAAUUCAUGAAAGAUUCAUUUCAAGAAAGAACGCGGAAAUCGGGGGUGGGGCGCGCAAGGAAAGCGCAAGAUACUAAACUAUGUUCAAGGCCAUUGCGUAGAAGGCGUUUUGAAAUUAUUAAAAAUAUAUUGCAGCCACCGUAAAUAGCCCAGAGGCAACGGGAGCUUACUUUUACUAAGACACUUUUCUUCUCUUAUAGCAAUCAGUUUCAAAGCUGGAAAAAACAACAUCACUGUCGAAAGUCCAGGGUUGUUCGCUUGUGAGACAAUCACAUUUGCUGAAUCGUUCUCUGGUGGAAAGCAAGUAAAAGUCUUUUCUUCCUUUGGUCUCUCAGUUAACAACCAGGCCCGUGGUAAUGGUGCUGCUAUUUGGGUGGAAUCGGCAGAUAGAACUCAAUUCCGCGCUUGUAUCUACGAGUACAGCGACGGCUCAAAUUCAACCGCUGAGAUAAACUGGAUUGCCCUACAAUCUGCUCCCAAAGGAGUACAACUAGGAACCACUUCCCUGGACUCUUGGACUACCAGAACAGAAUGUAAAAAGAUCGACUUUCCUCAGGUACGUUCCAUUUUGCUACGAUUGCUACAAGCUAGGUUCCCAUGGGGGAUUAACCUAAAAAAGGCAGAAACUGGUGAGUUAUGUAAGGUAUAGUUAAGGAUGUAAGUCACGACCGCAAAUGCGAUUCCUCUAAAGGAACUUAACCAGCUGUUCAAUCAAUAAAUUUAGACAGAAAAUUGACGUCACUUAAGAGGCCCUGCGCCUAAGAAACGACCGAUGAUUUCCGGCUAAAAAAUAAAAUCGGCCGAUUUUUAUCUCCCAAGUAGAUGUUACCGAAUACUAUUCAAAAAUGAAUUUCUUUUGUUUCAGUUUCGCUUUAAACCAAAAAUAUCGAGCCGCAAACUUUUUCCGUCUGAUAGCAGCAAAAUCAGGCCUAAAAUAAGCUCUCGUAAAAAAACGGUUCAGAAAUCACUAUCGCGACGCAAAACAACGAGAAAACCACAUAGUGAUGAAGAAAAAGGCCUUUUAAUGCAAUAUCAUUCGAUAAACACCGAAAAACUGCCGAAGGGAAUAAAAAAUAAAUUUUCAAAUAUUACAUAUUAAAUUAGAUGGAGCGUUGGAGCUGAUUUUAAAAUAAUAAUUUCUCAAAAGUCCAACGCUGCUGAAAGCAAUCACAGUGAUGAAUCAGACAUUGGAGGGAUAUACAUCACGUUUUCGGAAAAACAUUUUUCGGCCAAAGUAUACUGACGUUGUAAAAACCGUUCAAAGUUACCGUAUUUACCGUUAAGUUGCCACUUCGGCGAAACACUUCUCUGUUGCCAAUACGGCCAAGGAUAGCGUGGUAAACGCCACUUUAAGCCUUGCUAGGCACUCAAAACCAUCCUAAAUAGAAGUAUAUAGAAUUUAAAGAGAAAGGAAAAUGAAAGAUUCGCAGAAAAAGAGAAUAACUCGAAAUUACCAUCUGCUAAGGAGAGUUGAAUCUUGGAAAUGUUGUCGCGUGACAGCGUUCAUUUGUCCGAACUGCAGCGGGAUCCAAACAAAUACGUGAAAUAUAUAAGUUUUAAAAAAAACAGUCUUUCUAUCACCAGAAAUCGUGAAUGAGACAGUUUGAUGUUUUUCCUAUUAAUGAUGAUGAAUUCAGCCUCAGCUAGUCUCCAAGUACUUUGAAUGUGGGUUGCUUGUAUUUCGUUACAUACAUUCCAACGGACGUUACGGGUCAGCGCGUGUAGGGGUCAGCGGACCUGAAGAAAGGUGACGAAGUUGCGCCAUGUUAGGGGGGACAUUGGUAGGUACCCAAUACCGAAAAUAAAUGCGGUAUCGGUAUUUCGUCGAUUUUUGACACGGUAUUUCGGUGUUUACCAAUUUUUCUCACGGUAUUGCGGUAUUUAAUCAAUUUAAUUUAAUUUUGCGAGGAAACGUGAGACGACCUCGAAUUGAUCGGUAGAACGAACGAAAAAGAUACCCUACCAAUUUCAUCACAGAUUAUCUGUCAGAAAUUGUGUAAUGGUAACCAUUUACCAUUAAUCUAAAGUCUUAAAAAUACCGACGUUCAUUAAACUAGACUGCGUAGCAGGCGCUUGGAAGUAGUAAGCGCGAGAGAGAACGAGCGCGCGCGAGGGAGGGGUCAUCUAAACCGUGCCUGCUACGCAGGCUAGCAUUAAACAGGAGAGGGCAAUGAACAGUACCGCAAUACCGUGAUCUUCUGUUACCGAAUACCGUUAACCAAAAGGAAGAAAUACCGCAUACCACAGGGCUAAAAUAAUAUAAAUGAUACCGCAAUACCCCACUUUAAAAUCCAAAUUACCGAAAUACCGUUUGCAAAAAAGCGUAAGCGCCCAUUUCCCCCAUCCAUGCUGUUGAAGAGGUGAUAUAAUAUUUGGGCUUAAAACAUCCAAUUAUAUUUGAUGUUUACAAUCUUUGUCAUAAUUAUCACUGCAACAAACUUUCAUCUUUCAAUGUUAGUGUUGAAAGACAUGUGCGGUUAUUUCGAAAUACCUUACAAAUCUACAGAUCUAAAAAGAGACCUUUUAGCCAAGGUUUCAUUGUAAAGCCGUGAAUGUGACUGAGUGCAGCAAAAAAUAAUUUCAUACUGUAACUUUCCUGCGCAAGAGUUUGAGUGCAUGGUAUGCUGUCCAAUCGGUAAUGUGACAAGUUGUGCGUUGUGCAUUGGUUAUCAUCUAAAUAUCAUAAAUAUUAUUGUGGAAACAAAUUAUGAAGCAUAUUAUAAAAUGAAGUUGCAAAAUUUGUGAGGCACUUUCAUCGAUUUAAAAGUCCUACCGGUCUCCUAUAUUUUUUUAUGAUGUCCUCCCCAAUAUUUGGGUGACCCUAUUCGGCGGAAUGGCGGAAUACAUGCAAUCAGUUGUAAAAUACGGAAUAUACGUAAUACUCUAAAACACGGAAUUUACAGAAUAUUCUGUAUUUGAUUUGAACUGGACUGACGAAAAAGCAGAGGCAAUAUUAAAAAUUCAAUUUUCGUACUGCCGUAAGCCACACUAUAGACCUUAUGACGGUUUUGAAAGCCAUCUUGACGGGUGAAGGGUCCGGUAUCACGGGAAUCUAAUGUCGGAUAACUUUCAUAAAACGGCUGUUCUAAAAAAAAAGAAUUGUAAACUUAAGCUUGACAGGAUUGUACUACCAAUUAAUGGGGGCCGCACCUGUGCCUAAAUUUGUCCGGUCGCUUGCUUUAGAUUUUCCAGAGUCUUCAAAGUCUUCAAAGGAAUGAUCUCUUCUUCAAAUUUUGUGGAGAUUGCUCGGCUGGUCGUUCUGGCGAGGAAGGAUCCAGGGACAACAAGCCCGUUUUCCAGUCUCCUUGAUCCAUUACCUUAAUCGACUUGCACUUUGUUUUGACUGCGAGCUUUUUUAAGAAAGGUGAAUAUAAGGAAGGAAAGUUCCAUCGACAAAGUGCCCAACAAGUUUCAAGGUAAGUCCCUCGCGUUAACUGAGCAUUCACCGUCAGUAUUUGUUACUGCUACAGUUUCAAAUGUUGUUCGUUUUUAAAUAAAUAUCAAAGUUCUUUUUUUAACAUUUGGCUGUUUCUAAAAAAAGAAAUAAGCGCCCUGUUCCGAAUAAGCGUCCUCCCUAGAGGCACCAAAAGUAAAUAAGCGCCUGGGCGCUAAAUCGAAUCAUUACGGUAAGCCAAUUCUUUUACUUGUCACGCGCUUAAAACAUGGUUCGAGUUAAUGAGGGUAAAAUUAUAUAGAAAUGAUCUGAAGAGAAACAAAAAUUAGUAUUACUUCGAGUCAGCACGAGGUUCGAGUCAGUAGCGAGGGUUCGAGUUAUUGGAGUCGACUGUAUACAUGUAUACCCUUUUUAAACGAUUUUUCUCUUAUUCUGCGUUUUAGAGUAUUCCGUAUAUUCCGUAUUUUAGAAUAUUCCCUGUAUUCCAUCAUUCCGUUCCGUCAUUCCGUCAGUCCGCCAUUCCCCCGAAUAGCGUCACCCCCGAUAUUUUCAUGUCCAAGAAAAUACUAAACGCGACGCUAAUCAUUGUGCCAAGAAUUGAAUCUGUUAGCUACAUUUUAAAGCGCCAGAUAAUAGUCCUUUGAGAAAAAAAAAAACCGUAAUUCUUGGGCGUAAUGGACUCAGUUUUUGGGACCAAGAUGUUCCUCGUUCUCGGGAGCAACAGUACUCCAAUAUCUCUCUCCUUUUUUCCUUGAACGAAGACAUUGGACAUUGACAUGAAUGAUUCUAGCCGGAAAAAAAAAAAUAUGGGAUCAGAUUUCUUUCAAUAGACCGCUGACCAGAAGCGUCGACUCGUGACCCCACAACGAUCAGAUCACGCUGAGGCCAAAACGGUGCGGCGGUUCGGGAAUUUUUUCUUUUUAAGUCACCAUCGCUUGUGAAAAAAUAACAUUACUGUAACUUUGUUUCACUAAGUGCUUUCUGGCCGAGAAAAAGUUGUGCAUUCGUUUAGAUUCAGCCGCAGUUUAGACAAAUGACGUCAUUGGCCGCUGUCACGCGACGACAUUUUCCAGAUUCAAGUUUCGUCAGCAGAUGGUAAUUUCGAGUUCUUUUCUUCUUCUGCCUAUUUUUCAUCUUCCUUUCUCUUUUAAUUCUACGUCCUUCUACUUAGGAUGGUCUCUGAAAGCCUAGCAAGGAUUAAAGUGGCGUUUACCACGCUAUCCACGGCCGUAUUGGCAACAGAGAAGUGUUUCGCCGAAGUAGCAAGAUAACGGUAAACACUGCAACUUUGAACGCUUUGUACAACGUCAAUAUGCUUUGGCCGAAAAAUGUUUUUCCAGAAUCGUAAUGUAUAUCCCUCCAAUGUCUAAUUCAUCACUGUGAUUGCUUUCAGCAGCGUUGGACUUUUGAGAAAUUAUUAUUUUAAAAUCAGCUCCAACACUCCAUCUAAUUUAAUAUCCAAUAUUUGAAAAUUUAUUUUUUAUUCCCUUCGGCAGUUUUUCCAUGUUUAUCGAAUGAUAUUGCAUUAAAAGGCCUUUUUCUUCAUCACUGUGUGGUUUUCUCGCUAUUUUGCGUUGCGAUAGUGAUUUCUGAACCGUUUUUUGCGAGGGUUGAUUUUAGGCCUGAUUUUGCUGCUAUCAGACGGAAAACGUUUGCGGCUCGAUAUUUUUGGUUUAAAGCGAAACUGAAACAAAAGAAAUUCAUUUUUGAAUAGUAUUCGGUAACCUUUACUCGGGAGAUAAAAAUCAGCCGAUUUUAUUUUUUAGCCGGAAAUCAUCGGUCGUUUCUUAGGCGCAGGGCCUCUUAAGUUUCAAGUUCAACUACCUGUAUACAUUUGUACGUGCUAUUAUGCACGGACUUCAAGAUUUAACAGGAAAUGACGAUAAAAGUCUAAAAGGUGAAUCGUUAGUUUGUUUUAAUUUCAGAGCGAUUAAUACAAUGAAACAGCGUACUUUGUACUGUGAUCUUUUGUUGCGCGGCUCUCCCUCUUUGUUUUCCUGUAUUUUGUUUGGCUGUUUUUUUGUUUUGUUUUUUGGAAUGCGCAUUAUUAUAACUAAGACAGAUGUCCGUGACUCCUUGACCCACACUAGCCUACUCUUAUUAUCACCUAUUUCCACUCCCCGACCUCAAACCCUCUCACUCUUUCAUCCGUUGAUUAUUACACUCUCAGAUAUGAGAGUCGAAAAGCAAUAAAACAUUGGCAUUAGUCAGGCUUACGCUCCCCACCGUAAAUCUAUUUAGAGAAUCUUUCAUGAAAUAUAAUCAUUAAAGACAGUACACAAACUGAAAUUAAAUUAUUUAGGAAAGAUAUUAGAAGAUAUAACUUGUAUUUUUGGCCAAAUUUGUUUUGUAAUUUAAAUAACUUUACACAUAGUAAUUAUAUUUUACGAUAGCUGGUACUGUUUGUAAAAUAUUUUUGUCCUUUUCUCACGCCUUCAAUGUGAGUGUCUCCUUCCAAAAGAAGUUUUUUCUGUAUGUGGGUGAAAGUCCGUGUAAUGUUAUGAAUCGCGCGUAAAUAAAUCAGAUUCUUUUUGUUGUUGUUGCAGCUGCUGCUGUUGUUGUUGUACAGAGAUGAAGCACUGUUUACUAGAGUGCUCGAAUUAACUUAAGUCACGGUCCCUGAUUAUAAUUUUUGGUGUUUACACCAUGAUGAAUCAGUUGUAAAUUCCCUUUGUCUUUUUUUUUUUUUUUUUUUUUUUUUUUUUUUUUUUUUUUUUCAGGGUCUUUAACUCAUUCAUCUUUUUUCUUUCUUUAUUUAUAGCGUUUUGCGACUCCUCCAAUCGUACUUGCGACUCCUAGUCACCAGUUUCCUGAGAGACCUCAAGACGCCAUGGCAGUGUGGGUGGAGGAGUUGACUGAAGACAGUUUUAAAAUCUGCCUUAGGGAAGUAAAAAUUUUCGACGGACUUCACAAAGGCAUUACUAUUGUAAGCAGAGAUAAAACACUUUUUUAAAGACCUGUAUCCAAUUGCAUUCAGUUGCAUUCUAAGCUACACAUAUAUUGUAUUGUACACAAAAUUUACCAGAAUACUUACAAAUAAAUAGUCGAACUAACCAUACAUUUUUAGUUUUGAAUUAUCAUUCCUCGCAGUUAUUCCGUUAUUAGUGCCUAAACUACAUAAAAAAGGACAAAUAUGUGUAUAAAAUACCUACAGUUAUAAGAAAGUAAUUGAUUCUAUUAGAACCACCUUCAAGACAUUUGGUGAAAAAGGUAAACAAAAACCAAAUUGAAAGAAACAAAAACUGUCAGUGCAAUCAAAUCUCUGUUACCAUGUGUACAUGAGUAAAAGGUACUUAAAUUAAAUCUUACCAGAAGGUUUUAUAAAAUGAUAUACUUAGGUUAUCAGCUCAGUACUCUUUUUGUUAAAUUAUAAUCAGGUUCCUACUUGAGUAAAACUUCUAUAGGGACUGGUCCAAUUCCUUGGAUAACUGACUCACUAACCUUAAAUGUCGUUUUUUUUUCGUUGUUGUAGAACUGGAUGGCUUAUACAAACCUUCGAGUCGAUAAUUUCACCUUAUCUGACAGUCUUGUGUUUACGAGCAAAAACUCGCCAUCUCAACAGAGCGACUAUGCCUUUUGCCAGGUAAAGUGUAAUAUACUGUUAUUACUUACUUACUUGUUCUUACUUACUUAAUUAACUAAUUUAUAAUUUAAUCAAUUAUUUAUUCGUUCGUUUUUUGAUGAUUUACAAUUGUACCAUGAAUUUCACUAUUCUAAGCGAGACAUCCUCUCUUAAGCAAAAACGUAGUUAAAUAAAUGGUUAUGAUAAUGAUCAUGGUGAUGAUGUUGUUGUUGAUGAUGAUUGAACUUAACUAUGACUCGUUUGUAAGUUAAUUGAGUUGACGUUCAGUCAGUCUUCGAGAAGAUAUAAGAAAAAGGAACUUUUUUUAAUACUUUGCUCUUUUCAUUUAGUCAUUAAUUAACUGCAAAGAAAUUACGGUAAAAAGCU